CAGAUGUAAUGUGGGACAGAGCAGCAUGCGUCCAUGUAAACAGUGGAAAAGUAAAAAAAAAAAAACAACAACAACAUGUAAUAUUUAUGGAUCCAGAGUUGUGCGGGUGCCUUAGGUAAACGAAGGCGAUUGACGCGCGCGCCGAAGCAGCCGCAUGUGAUUUCCAGCUUCAGUCAUUUUGGCAGCACGAUGCGAGAGAGAGACGGAGACACGGAGCUGUGAAACCGUACUCUCUCCGCCAGGGAUGUCGACGGAAAGGAAUCCCUGAAACCGCCGCUGCCCAGGAAAUAUGGACAAAUCCGGUUGUGAUUUUGAGUGCGGACUGUUUUUCUGACGGGGGGGAUUGUGUGUUUUUUUUCUUCUUCUUUUCUUUUUUUUUUUUUCUUUUGCACAUUGCUACAGUGUAGUGGACCAGGAUGCCGUGUGGGCGAUGCUGCCACAAGGGAUACAUUGUGAUUUCGCAGAGAUGUUUUAGUAGCAACCGUUGCAUAAAUUAAAAUAAGAAAAGGGCUUCGGACGAGGGGAUCGGAGUGCAAAGGGGAUCUAAUAAGACAUCGCCACCUGUUACCAGAAAAUCAGCUCUCGAGUGGUUCCACCGUCAGGAUGGUACCUUAGCUGCGUUCUCCUCCCGAUACUGCAGCGCGGCCACAGACGAACAGGGACCUCCAGGAGAGAAGCCUCGCUGCACGAUAGCCUCGUCCUUCCCAACUGGGGGGAAAAACAAAAAGCAGGCAGGAGAAGUGACAGCAGCGCCCUCCCACUGCCCAGCGCUGACAGCCAUGAUUCGAGGAGGCCCUCUGCCACGGCUCAGAUCAGGGAUCAUCUCGCUGCUCCAUGGCUAGACCUCAACAAACAAAGAGCUGGGGGCCUUUCUGCUGAGCAUCCCUCACUGCGUAGUAGCACAUGGAUUUCAAGACUUCAAAUGAAGAGACAAAGACUGGGAUUUAUUUGAUGCAAGAAGGUAAUGAGGAGCCGUUUAAUAUUCGACUACACUUGGCCAAAGAUAUUCUGACCAUUCAGGAACAAGACGUCAUCUGUGUGUCAGGAGAGCCUUUUUAUUCAAGUGAGAGGACUGUAACGAUCAGGAGGCAGACGAUUGGAGGGUUUGGCCUGAGCAUCAAGGGUGGGGCAGAGCACAAAAUCCCCGUUGUGAUAUCAAAAAUAUCAAAGGAGCAAAAAGCUGAACUCUCUGGCCUGCUUUUUAUUGGUGAUGGCAUCCUCCAGAUAAAUGGAAUAAACGUCAGAAGCUAUCGCCACGAGGAAGUGGUCCAGGUUUUGAGAAACGCUGGGGAAGAAGUGACUCUCACGGUGUCUUUCCUAAAGAAGACUCCGGCCUUUUUGAAACUGCCCCUGUGUGAGGACUGCACAUGCAUCCCCAGCGACCAGAGCAGUGGGACCUCCUCUCCUCUGUGUGAUAGUGGCCUCCACUUGAACUACCAUCCUAACAACACGGACACGCUGUCCUGCUCGUCCUGGCCCACGUCCCCAGGGCUCCGCUUUGAGAAGAGAUGGGUGGACCUGCGCCUAAUUCCUCUGCUGCACUCGCGCCUGUCGCAGUACAUUCCCGGCUCUGACGUCUGCAGGAAAAAUGCUUUCCAGGUCAUAGCCGUGGACGGAGUGUGCAGUGGAGUCAUACAGUUUCCCACCGCUGAAGACUGCUUGGACUGGCUUCAGGCAAUAGCGAGCAACAUUUCAAAUCUCACCAAGCACAAUGUUAAGAAGAUCAACCGAAAUUUUCCAGUCAACCAGCAGAUUAUUUACAUGGGCUGGGUCGACGAGAAGGAGCAGGACUCCGUUCAGGACCGAAUGUAUUCACCAAAGUUCCUUGCUUUGAGGGGUUCGUCACUCUUCAAAUUUUCAGCGCCUCCUGUGACAACAUGGGACUGGACCAGAGCAGAGAAAAGCUUUACUGUGUAUGAGAUAAUGUGCAAGAUUUUAAAGGACAAUGACCUUCUGGACAAGAGGAGACACUGCUUCAGCGUCCAGACGGAGAGCGGGGAGGACAUGUUCUUCAGCGUGGAGCUGGAGUGCGAGCUGCUCAUCUGGGAAAAGGCUUUUCAGAUGGCCACUUUCCUGGAGGUGGAGAGGAUUCAGUGUAAAACGUACGCCUGCAUCAUGGAGAGCCACCUUAUGGGACUCACAAUUGACUUCAGUAUGGGCUUUGUGUGCUUUGAUGCUGCUUCCAAGGCUGUGCUGUGGAGAUACAAGUUCUCCCAACUGAAAGGCUCGUCCGACGACGGAAAAAGCAAGAUCAAGUUUUUAUUCCAAAAUCAAGACUCCAAAUCAAUCGAAGCUAAGGAGCUGGAGUUCUCAAACCUCUUCGCGGUGCUUCACUGUAUUCACGCUUUUUUCGCUGCCAAAGUUGCUUGUCUGGACCCGAUGUUUGUGGAGAGCCAAGGCACCGCGACGACCGCAGGGAUCCCGUCUCUGUCCGGCCUCUCCUGUAACUCACAGACGCCCAAGCUGAAAUACACCACUUGACGGGCGCUGCUGUCUCCGGACAACGCUGCACUUAAUCCUGAACGUGGCCUCUACUACGGCGGUGGAUGGGAGGAGAUCAAACUGUGACGUAACGAGGAAGAACUGGAAUGAAAUACCUCUCUGCGAGGAAUACACUUAGCAACUUCACAUUUCUGGGAGAACCCUCGACCUGAAACCUCCUUCACAGACAGAAAGACUCAAAGGACGCACAACAAAACAAAAAAACAAAACAAAGCAAAAGGUGCGAUUCAGAAAUGUUUUUAAGUGAUUUUGUCUUUCUCUUGAACCUCAGAAAUCCUUGUAAUCGACACGUCACAAAGAAAAAUGCAGUUCUUUUCUCGAUGGUAGUCCGUUUUUCUAUGUGAUUUUAUUCAAGGUCUGGAGACGAAGCGAAGCAGAUCUUAGCCUUUUUUUCCUCCACUUCAGGACGGUACACUUGAACUCCUGCAACCACAUGUUGCUUUGACACUUAAUGUGUUUCUUUUUGCGUGUGUUUUUUUUAAUAUAUAUAUAUAUAUAUAUAAUUGAAAUUUUUUUAUACGUAAUUCAAUCUGCAGUAAAGUGUGUUUCACUCUGAUUAGACUCUAGCUAAAAGCAAAACAUGAAUUUGGCCUAAAAAGUUAGUUUAAUCCCGUUUCCUGGCAGCACUGGCGGAUGGAGAGGAUGCGUCGGGUCCUCAUUUUUUAUUUCUUAAUGUCACCCUUAACUGCACACGUGUCUGUUUCCUGGAUUACUGGAUGGAGCAGCUGUGUGAGAGUGUAGUUUUUUAUUGUUCACCAUCAACACAACCGUGUCAUCUGACAAAAGAAAUAUGGCAUUUCAUUCAUUUUCUGUAGCCUCUGGAGGGUCGUGUGGAGACGGGGCUUGAGCCUUUCACACUCACACCUACAGCCUAAUCUAGGAUCGCCAGUUGACCUAACGAGCAUGUCUUUGGAUGGUGGGAGGGGCCGGUGGAUUCGAGCCCACAACUGUGAGGAAUCAGUGCCACCCACCACGCCCUGUUUAUAUAUUUUUUUUUAACCUAAAUUUGAUUCUGUAAAUAAACCCUGACAUUCAAAUGAACUCUAAGAAUUAUGAAUCAUGGUGAUUACUCGUAGGGAUUACUCGUAAGGAUUAUGGCGUUUGUUAAUUUGAUGUGCACCCGAGACGACUAGGUAGGUAGGUAUCUCGUAACCUUGUGCCCUCUCCGCCAUUUACUCAAUGGACCAGUUUAGAAGAAUAAACUCCACUACGGUGUCUUUUGAUCAUAUUUUAUCAUUUGUUUGUUUCUGACUUCAGCUUGUAAAUAUACACUGACACCACAGACGAAUGGGAGGAAAAAAAUAGAAAUAUGUAGCAUACCCGUCCUCCAGAGGUUUUUAGAUACCCCUUUAAAACUUCACAAUAAAACUGUUUGUAAAUGCGGCAGAGAGACAUGCAACUAUCGUAUUAGAAAAAAAAAAAAAAAAAAGAGUUCAGGUCAAUUAGCGCGAUUAGUCAUGCUCUUACCUUCCAUUUACAAAGAGGAGUCCAAACAGAAGAGGGAUCACGGGUAAGUAAACUCUAGAGGAUAACAAAUUAAAUGGGGUCAGUAAAGUGCUCCUUGCUAAGCGGAGUGGAAAGUGGCGGCGGUGCGGUCUAUGCAAAGAAAGUCUGAGUGAUGCUUUUGUGCUUUAAAACGACCUCGGUCGCAUAUACCCUUAUAACACAGGAUUUAGAGAGUGGGGUGGAUUUUAUUUUUUGCAGAUGUUUUAUUAACAAAUAUGCUGUGUAAUAAAUGAAUAAAAGAAACCUUUUAUAUCAUG